CACCUCACCCCGAGACCCUGCCAGGUCCAUCCAAGACUGAUCCAUUUUCCUGUCGUGCCGUCACUUACGUUUCCCUUCAGUUUCUUCCCAAUCCCGGCACGCAGUGAGGAUCCGGGCCUCGCUACAACCUGAACUUUCUUUUGCUAGAGAGAUCCGUCCGGUUCUAAGAUGGACUCGGUUCCAUUAGCGGCCUUAAACGGCGAUUUACCGUACCGUCGCUCGCAAGGGCUCGACGCUGCUUAUAACGAGAACGGAUGGGUUGGCGUUGACGGUAGCGGCAAAGGAGGCAAGGCCUCCCAUGGUAAACGCCACGCGGGUCGCUCCUCCGCGCCUUACGCGAGACCUACCUCCGGACGUCACGCUGCUGCCGGCCACGCGGCAGCGGCGAUUCGGACUGCCACGUCAGCUGCGGGAUCUCCGGGAGAAUCUAGAGGUCCCGCUGAUGUGUCGCUGGACGCGCGGGAGAGGGAUGGAGAGAGGAGGGAUGGGGUAGCGGUGCAAGAUGGUGUCAAAAGCGCGGGAAGCGGUUGGCUCGGCUCGUGGCGGAACUCGAUUGGAUCGCUCGUCAGAUGGCCUUGGAGCUCUCGAGAUGGUAACCAGCGUAACACCCAAGGCGAGCAGCAAGGCGUGCCGGACAAGCGACCGUCGGACGGCGCAACUAGCAAUGGGCCAGCGAAGGGGGGGAAUGCUGCUGAUGCUGCCGGUGCUGCUGGUGCUGCUGGUUCUGCUGGUAGUGGUGGUAGUUAUGCCCAGGAACGGCAGGCGGGAGGAGCGAACGGGAAACAGGAGAAAGGGACAUUGAUGAAGGAGGUUGAGCAGCUGCUGAGACGAGGGACGCCUUUAUCGCUGCGCGAGUUUCAGCGGCUGAACGAGCUGCUGCGUCAGCACGUGGCGAGCGGCGCUGGAGAGAAGGCGGAGGAGGCGGAGGAAGAAGACGAAGAGGAGAAUCAGGUGCAGCAGCAGCAGCAGCAGCAGCAGCAGGCGGGAGAGGAGCAGGAGCAAGAGGAGAGGGUGGAGGCAUCGGCAGGGAAGAGGCGGAGGACGGGCGGCAGCAGCAGCUGGGUGGCAGCAGACGGGGCAGCAGGGCAGGGUUAUGCGCCUAACACUGCACACAUUGCACCUCGCGUUACACCUCGGGUUACACCCGGGGUUACGCCUCGCGUUACACCUCGUGGUGCAGCUGAUGGGCUUGCAGGAGGUGCUGGUGGUGCUGGCAUGAGCGUGUCACCUGUGGAUGUGGCCAGGGCGUUUAUGCGACCGAGCAUGGCCGCCUUUCCUGCAACGCAGGCGCCAUCACCUGCGACAGAGCCGCUGCAGAAGGGAGUGAGCCUUCGAGCCUGGACGCCCUAUCAAACCCAGCUGGCGCCAGGCACUAAGUCUCGCAAGCGCGGCAUUGCACAGCUGCAUGAGCCGCCACCCCCUGCGAGCCCCUGGGGUGCUGUACCCCUUAUAAGCCCCUCCGCUGUUCCUCACAGGCGCAGGGGCAGCAUUGUUGCAGGCACGGGAGGGUUGCGUAACGGUGGGACUGGUAACCAUGUUCGCCAGAGGAGAGUUUCGUUUUCGCCAGCAGUGCUGGCAGCAGCAGGAGAGGGAGAGGGGGAGGAGGAAGGAGGGUGGAGUGGGAGGAGGGGAAGGGGAAGGGCUUUAACUAGACUGAGGGAAGGGGAUAGGGACGACUGGUUGCCUCUGCAGCAGCAGCAGCUGUUGCAGCAGCAGAAGAGAGACCAGAUUUUGGCAAGUGUUCCUUCCCGGUCAGCGCAAUCUGCCCGGAAAAUUCUGGACACGCUAGAUCGGAUGGCUGGGGCUUUGCCUGCUGCUGAAGGUUUGGGGCGGGCAGAGGGUAGGGAAAGGGAACGGGCAGGGGAAAGAAGAGGAGUGAGUGGAGGUACUGGAGGGAUUGAGGCUGCGAGAUUGAAGGGAAAAGAAAAGAUGAUUGAGGAUGGGAGCGGUGGGGAGAAGGGACUGCCAGGGGCAAUAAGCUCAGAACUCGAGCAGCAGCAGCAGGAGCAGCAGGAGAAGCAGCAGCAGCGGAGGGGCGAUGGGCAGCAGGGGCAGGGGAGAGGGGAAGAGGGGGCGAGGCGGGGGGAGGGGGAAGAGACGAGGCAGACAGGCAGAGAGGCUAUGGUUGAUGGUUCGAGGGAGGACGCACAGGAGACGAGAAGAGGCCGCCACGGGUUCAGAAUGUCCGUGUUUGAGGAGGACGAGGAGGAAGGGCCAAGGCAGGGAGGUCAAGUGGCAGCUGAAACCCGAACCCCCGCUGGUUUCGCGACUCCCACUACAGUAGCAGCAGGGGCCAAAGGAGGCGCAGGAGCUACUGGGGCAGGCGCUACUAAGGCAGACGCAUUACAAACAACCAAGGCAGGAACGGGCGCUGCUUCUGCAUCCGCUGCUGCUACGUCUGCUGCCACCGCUGCACCUGCUGCUGCCGCUGAUGCUGCUGCUGCGAUCAAGUCAGCAGGGGAGGGGGUAGGGGGCAAAGCUGGGGCUGGUACACUGCAGGCUGGAGGGCAAGCGGAUGGGGAGAAGGGCAGUGAGAGGAGCAAGGAGAGAGGCAAGGAGCAGAGUGCGGCUGUCGCCACAGGAAGUUUCUUUGGCUCGGCAGCACAUGCAGCCACUCUCCCCCCCCAAUCCAAGCCGGAGAGGCCAGCAUCACCAGACUUCGCUCCAUCCAAAUCAGCAGCUGCUGCAGCGCCAGCACCAGCAGCAGCAGCAGCACCAGAAGCAGCGGCAGCAGCAGCAGCAACGACAACCCCGUCCUUUGGCGCUUCUGCGUUCAAGGAACCGGCCUUCGGCUCGUCUGCUGCUGCUACAGCCUCUUUCUUUGGUGCGUCUGCACCCGCUGCUGCUACUCCUGCUGCUACCCCUGCCACUACCUCUGCUGUUGCUGCUCCCCUCUUUGGUUCUGUCCCUACUGCUGUCUCUGCUAGUGCUCCGUCCUUUGGCUUGUCUUCCACUCCUUCCCUCCCGCCUUCCACCACUCCUCCAUCCGUUUCAGCACCAACUGCAGCAGCAGCAGCAGCAGCCCCAGUGGCAGCAGCAGGUCCGUUGUUUGGCUUUAAACCAGCAGCCGACUCUGCAGCUGCUGCCAAGGAAGCAGCAGCAGGAAACGCUGCUCCUGCCCUUGGCGGCGGUGGUGGUGGCGAUGGUGCUGGUGCUGGUGGUGGUGGUGGUGGGGAGAGGGGGAGGAGAGGAGGAGAGGCGGAGGAGGAGGAGCCGAGAAGGAAGAGGCGUGUAUCGUCAUCUCCUGUCGGAGGGGGGGCGGAUGGUCCGCCUCCCUCCCUCUUUGGCUUUGGAAAACCCCCUGCCGGGUCCACAUCGCCCCCAGCAGCUGCAGUUCCGGCCUUUGGUGCCCCCACGACUGGCACCGCCCCCACUGCUGCUGCUACUGUUGGCGCUUCUGCUGCUUCAGCUGCCUCCGCCCCUACCACCAUCCCUGCCCCUCUCUUUGGUUCAACAUCCACCGUACCUGUGUUUGGUUCGGCGUCAACCGCACCUGCGUUUGGCUCGGCAUCAACCGCAUCAUCAUUCGGCAUCACCCCCUCUUCCACCCCUGCAACCGUCACUGCAGAUGCUACUGCCAUUGCUGGUGCGCCCACCCCAAGCACUGCUGCCGGUGCCGCCACUGGCUUUGCUACCUCCACCCUCCCAUCCUUUGGCCUCACCACCCCAUCCUUCGGCCUCAGCACUGCUCCAGCGUUUGGGAUUUCUGCCUCCACUGCCGCAACAGCAGCAUCCAACACGCCAUCAACCACAGCUGCGCCCUCAUUUGGGCUCCCCCAUUCAACCGCAGCAGCUCCUUCCGCCACAGGAGCACCGGCAACCACCACCCCCACUCCAGCCUUUGGCUCUGCUGCUCCCACCUCUCCCUCGUUCGGCAUCUCGCCCUCCCCGUCCUUCGGUGCGUUUGGAUCUGCUCCGGCGUUCGGCUCUGCUCCUACUGCUGCUGCUGCUACUGCUGCAGCUCCUGCUUUUGGCACCGCUGCUUCUGUUGCUGCCUCUGGCUCUGCUGCUGCACCUCCUGCUGCCCCUUCCUUUGGCACUACUGCCCCUGCGUUUGGCACCUCCUCCCCUGCGUUUGGCACUUUCUCUGGUGCUUCCACCCCUGCCUUUGGCUCUUCUGCCCCUGCCUUUGGUGCUUCAACAGCUGCUGCCGCUACAACUUCCCCUUUUGGCGUCCCUGCUACAACCGCAGCACCUGUAUUCGGCGCCCCCACCCCGUCUCCCGCCUCUGCCCCUGCGGCUACAAGCACAGGUGCCCCUACCAGUACUCCCACCCCUGGGGCCUUCACCUUCGGCGCUCCUGCCUCAGGCCCCACUGCUGCUACGACGCCUGCUGCUGCUGCCUCCUCUCCUGCUCCUGUCUUUGGGUUUUCGGCAUCGUCCUCCGGACCUGCUCCCGCACCUGGCUUCACGUUCGGUGCUUCCACUCCUGGAGGUCCGGCAGGGGCAGCAUCGUCCACACCAGCAGCAUCUCCAUUUGGCUUUGCUGCUGCUGCCCAACCUGCAGCCCCCUCACCCGCUCCCUUUGCCUUUGGAGCCCCAGCAACAGCAGCAGGAGGAGCAGCAGCACUAGCAUCACCUUUCACCUUUGGUAGUGGGGGGGGAGCAGCAGCUCCAGGGGCACCUGCAGCUGCAGGAGCAGCAGGUGCAAAUCCCUUUGCUUUUGGCACUGCUGCUGCUGCUGCUACUGCUGGUGGCUUCACAUUUGGGUCCACUCCUGCUACCGGUGCCCCUGCCACUUCUCCCUUUGGUUCUGCCUCACCCUUCCCAGCACCAGCUGGGGGUAGUCCCUCCGGAAUGGAGGAGAAUACAAUGGCUAUGGAGCCAGCAAACGGGUUCAAAAUGCCUGGAGGAAUGCCUGGUGCCAUGCCUGGAGGUAUGCCAGGAGCAUCCGCCCCUCCUGUCCUUUUCGGAGCUCCACCCACCGCUGCAGGGGCUAUUCCUUUUGCUUUCGGACAGCCCGCAGCUGCAACUGCUGCCCCUGCAGCUGCCCCAUUUUCUUUCGGUGCUGCCCCGCCUGCUGCUGCUGCACCGUCCCCGGCAGGGAGUGGUGGGAGCAGUGGGUUUGCUGCCCCAUCUAUGGUGUUUGGUGCUGGUGGUGGGGGUGGUGCUCCGGCUGCUGCUGGUGGGUUCUCAAUGGGAGCGGGUGCCCCCACGCCUGGGAGGAGAGUGGUUAAAGCCAAGAGGCCAGCGGCCAGACGCAGAUAACUGGUUUAUCAGGGAUCAAGACUCAUGAAAUGCAGUUGGUGCUGUUGUUGCUGCUCCUGCUGCUGGUGGGUUCUCAAUGGGAGCGGGUGCACCCACGCCUGGGAGGAGAGUGGUCAAAGCCAAGAGACCUGCGGCCAGAAGCCGAUGAUAAGUUUUGUAGGGAUCAAGAAAUGCAGGUGCUGGUGGCACAGCUUGUGCUGGGUACAGGGCAGGCCCCCAAAUUGGUUUUGGGCGUGUCUGAUUCAUCAGAUUUGCCUGCCAUCUCUUGGUAUGGCCUUCAGAGUCUCCCCUAAAAAAAAACUGGAAAAUCAGAGUAACGAGAUUUUUUGUCUGAUUAAUCAGAGUUUACCAUUGUUUUUAACUCUGAUUUCAAAGUUGGUGUUU